GUCAAGCCCCUCUUCUAUCACGAUGACAAGGAUGAUCCGCGUGUCUUCUCCAUUGGGACCUUCUCGAAGCUGAUUGGUCCCGGCACGAAGGUUGGCUGGGUGCAGGCAUAUCCUCAGCUGCUGAAGCCCCUUGCGGGUGUUGGCUUCAUCGAUAGCGGCAACAACCCUGUGAUCUUCUCCUCCAUGAACCUCCUACACUUCGUGGAGUCUGGUGCUCUUGCGAAACACAUAGACAUGGUCUCAAAGGAUUUGGGUGAGAGGUGUAAGUUUAUCUGCAAGAAGCUUCGAGACGUGGGUUUGGAGGUUUACGAGCCCAAGGGUGGCUACUUCGUCUGGGUCAAGUCCAAGGGCAAGAUGACAGGACGAAGUGGUGAGGCGAUGGCCAUCAACAAGGACAACUUCCAGGACUACAUGCGGCUUUGCUUCUGCUGGCUGACCAAGGAGCAGAUUGAGGAAGGUAUCGAGUACUUGCGGCAGUGA